AUGUUGUCCAGAUUACCCCGGUCGGCUGGUAUACUCAAGAGAUACAUCUGCACAUCACAGCCCUUGAAGCAAACCUGGCAUGACUUGCCAGACUUGUCUCAGUUACCCAGAGCUAAGACAGUUCCUCAACAAGCACCUAUAGUUAAUCCUGCUGAUCAAUAUAAGGAAUAUUCUGAGGAAUUACAUAAGUUUGGUAAAUAUAUCAUGUCAUGUAUGCCCAAAUACAUUCAACAGUUUUCUGUCUGGAAAGACGAAUUGACUUUGUAUGUUGCUCCCUCGGCAUUAAGACCAACAGCUAUUUUCUUGAAGAAUCAUACCCCUGCUCAAUUCAAAUCAGUCAUGGAUGUUACAGCUGUGGAUUACCCUUCAAGAGAAAACAGAUUCGAAGUGGUGUACAACUUUUUAUCCGUUAGACACAAUUGUAGAAUUAGAGUCAAGACAUAUGCCAGUGAAACUUCACCUGUUCCAUCUUUAGUACCACUUUAUGAAGGUGUCAAUUGGUUUGAAAGAGAAACUUAUGAUAUGUUUGGUGUUUUCUUUGAAGGACACCCAGACUUAAGAAGAAUCAUGACAGAUUACGGGUUUGAAGGUUAUCCAUUAAGAAAAGAUUUCCCCACCACAGGUUAUGUUGAAGUUAGAUAUGAUGAAGAAAAGAAGAGAAUUGUUUACGAACCUUUGGAAUUGACUCAAGCAUUCAGAAACUUCUCCGUUGGAUCCUCCGUCUGGGAACAAGUUGGUGAAGGUAAGGAUUUCACUCCUGAAUCCUUCAAGUUACCAACACCUGCUCCAGAACCUGAAAAGGAUGAUGAUAAGACCAAGAAGUGA